AUGGUAUAUAAAUAUAAAAAUCUAAAUUUUAGAAAGCAGAUGAAGAUAUGAAAGUAAAUGAAGAGGAAAUAAUAAAGUGGAGAUAAAAUUUAGAAAGAAGAGAAGAUGAUAAUCGAUAAUUAGAAAACAUGAUGGAUUUAGAGAAGUAAUUAUUAUAUAAAUAUUUAGUAUUUAUGAUGGUAUGAUUUUUAUUAGAAGAUGGAGUCGACUUUGCCUUUAAUUUGGUUUAGUUUGGCUUAUUAUUGGGUUUUUUUAUGGAGAUAUUUUACAACUGUAAAAGAUUAUUAAUGAGAUACUAAAGUAGAAGUGAAUUAUUUAAUAAUUUAUACAGGAAAUUGUUAUUUAAAUAUAAGUGAGUCUUAAGAUUAUCUAAAAGUAUUAUUAUUCAUUUUAUAUUUAAGUUUAAAGUUUAUUGUAAAGGAAGUUUAGAAUAAUAGAGUAGUAAUUCAAAAGAAUUUAUAAUUAAAGGAGAAAUAAUUGAUUAAGGAAUAGCAAAUUUAUAUAUUUAAAAUCCUUAUCCUAAUGUAAUUUUAUAAAAUUAUUUUAUUUUAGGUACUAUCUUGUAUAGUUGAUUUAAUGUAUCAAAGAAUAUGAACAACUUAAAUAUUUUAUGUUCUAUUGACCCAGAGUGCAUUAUUGUAUUUGCUUAAUAAGAAUUAUAUGUAUAAGAUCAUUUCAAUGUAACAUGUGAAAAAAGUGCAAGAAUGUAAAUGAAUAUAAGAAAUAUUCAAACUAAUAAAUUUACAUUUUUAUCAGAUUCUUCUGGAACUCUUUUUAUCAAUCAUAUUAUAACAAAUGAGGGUUAUAUAGCUAUGUCUAAUGGAGAAUUAAUUAUUUAAUCAACAAAAUCAUUUUAAUUAAAUUAUUUUUCUUAAUCCCAUGUUGUCUGUGUAAAAGGAUUUUAAUUAAUUGAUUAAAUUUAAGAAAAUUGUUAUAUUUAAGAAUCAUAAAAUAAUACAAUUCUUAACAAAAUAUGUAAAGGCUAAAUUUCUAUAUGUGAAAAGAAUUCUUGUGAUAUUUAAUAAAAGUUUUAAGUAACAGGAAAUCAAACUACUAUUUAUGCUAAUAUAUUUUUUGAUAUUGGAAAACCUUUCAUAAUAGAAAAUGAUGAUAUUUAAAUAUUUUCUACUUAAGUAUUUAAAUAAUAAAUUGACUUUGAUGAUGAUUCACUAAUUAAAAUUUAAUAAUUUAUGAAUACUAGUGGAUCUGCUGAUAUUGCUGUUAGAAUAUAUGUUAUAGGAAGUUAUUUAUUAUAACAUUCAUAUACUACUUAUUGGUCAAUUUUUAGUAAUCCUUCUAAUGCAAAUUUUUAACCAUGGUGAUUAUCAGCAUUUUCAGUGGAUUUUUGAAUCCAACUCUUUCAUAUCUAUCUGUUUCUAUUAAACCAGGUUUUUGUCCAUGGAAUCCUGUUUUAACUUCAAAAUAAAAAAUUUAAAUAUAAAAUUUAAUAAAAUAAUCAACAAUUAUUUUGGUUUAACUUAUUUAUAAUAUAAAGAAAAAGGUAAAUUUGAAAAUUGGUUAAUAUUAAAUGAAAUAGCAAAUACUGUAAUUUAUGAAUACUUAAAAUAUGAUAAUAAUUUUAUAGCAGCUAUGAUAUUAUCAUUAAUAUCUUCUUUAAUAUUUUCUGUUAUAUGUAUAUAUAUACUAAUAGAAAUAUUGAAAGGAUUAGAAGUUUAUGUUUUAAAUUAAUGUUCAUAAUAUCAUCAUUAUAGUGCUACAACUACAGGUGAUAUACCAAAUAAAACUGUUAAUAUUGUAAAAGAUAUAAUAAAUAAAUUAUAAUAAUAACCUGAUAAUAGAGAUUCACCUUCAAUUAUGUCAAUCUUCACAUAUAUAUUUUAUUUAUUUGCAUAAAAUUAAUUUAAUUCAUCCAUAACUCCUUUUAUUAAAACACUAUUUAGAUGGAGUAAUCAAGAGGAAACUGAAUUAUAUUAUGCAAAUGAAUUAGAUGAUAUUUAUUUAAGUAUGGAUUAAGAAGAAGUUAAAGAAAAAUAUGAGUAAUUCUGUUAUUUAAAUCAAUUGACAAUUGAAUCUUUGACAUAGGUAGAAUAUUGUUUUUCAUUUUAUGGUUUUGAACUUGCUGAAAAAUAAAAUAUAUAAGGUUUAUCUAAAAUUAAAUUAAACCCUGAAGCAAAAUCUUAUUAACAAUUAAAUUAAGAAGAUAAAUUAAGUAAAAAUUCUCUUGAAAUAUUUUUAUAAACUUAAUGCUUUUUAACAGGUAUUCCUGCAGAUACUUGGGCUUAUGCAUUUUUUAUAGUUUUAAUAUGUUAUACAAUAUUAGUUGUAAUUUAUUAAAUAUUACAAUAUUGGGAUAAAUAGUAUCCAGAUGAAAUCAGUUAUAUGAUGGAAUAGUAAAGAAUGAAAAAAGGAUCAUUCUUUAUUAUAUUAUAUUAAUGGUAUAUCUUUUUAUUACUAGCAUUUUGUGUAUUUUUCUAUUUUGGUUUAAUAAUUGUUUGGUUAUUAUUGGGAUCAAUUAUUAAUCCAAAUUUUUAUCUUGUUUAUUCUUCAUCAGCUUUAUCUUUAGUUGCUUUUAUAACUGCAUAAUUAAAUUAAAUUAAAUUAAAUUAAACAAACUUAUGA